AUGGCAAAGACCGCAAAUCAGCGAGGUUCACGAUACAGCAUUCUCAUAGACGAGACUGCUAAGCAGCUCAUUCAGAAAGCUAUCAAACAGCUCAAAAGCCUUGACAAGAACGGAAGGCUCGAAGACGCAGCGAAAGAAACGAGGGAUGACCUCGUGACCGUCUUGAAAGACCUGCAUACCGCCAUAUAUAAUCACAGUGCCAGCACUGACGCAACAUACGAAUCGGCGGCUGGUCUUUUCGAAGAGCUCCAAGGAUGGGCACCUGACAAAGCUCCUGAAGUUCAGGAUGCCAUGGAUGGUCUGGCUGUUACGAUGAACCUGCGAGCUAGGCAGCUGAUGGCCAAGAAUUAA